AUGGAAAUAAUAAGCUCAUCGCCCGGGUUUUCGGUUGGCUACUUUCCGUUUCGCGCUCAACACCAGAUCCUGCAGGUCAUACAACGACAACUCGAAAAUCAUGCCUUCCUUCAGCGAUGGCUUCUGUCGGACUCUCUCGCGGCCGGAUGGACGUGCCCAGAAGCUUUAGAGUUACACAAGUUCUUUCGAUUCUUGAAAGCUCAUCAAAACAAAGUCAAGGAUGAAUGUUUUCAGUUGACUCUGAGCGCGUUGACAGGAUGGCAUCGCGUGAUUACCAGCAUUCGCCACGCAGCUGUGCACCGCAUUCCACACGAUCGGAAAACUCUCCUGAAGAUGCUUCGCGUAGCCAUUAAACUUUCGAAAUGCAUCGCUGGCUUCAGAGACACCAAAGGCCUUUGUCGCAUUCAAGAUUUGGUGAAGAUAGCGCUGUCCGAGUUCGACCAGAUGACAGCCCAGCUAAAGAAAAAGGCCCUCCUACAGAUUUCUUUGUGUGAACCCCGCCCCCAACCUUUGGAUCGGCGGUUGAUCUUGCUUCCGGAAGCGGUCAAAAGAGUGCUUCAGAGCAGUGAAGACGACUUUGUUUCUAAGGUGGAACAGUUCUUACGCGCGGAGUUCAAAAGUUCUUAA